AUGGAUUAUCGUUAUUUGCACCCUGCGGAAAUGAGGGUCGCGACUCCGGAUCUACGGCAUGCUCCAUCCAUAGCUUGUGGCCUCUUCGAUCGCCUGGGUCACACGAUCGACGCAAUCCGAGGACCCCUCAAGCAACCAUCAGAGAGCCCCAGAAAUUCUCUUCACGAAAGCCGUGAACACAGCGAUGCGGAGGCUAAGCCUCGAAAGAGAAGCCAGAAACUACCUGCCGACGAAGCAACUCUCCAACAAGUCGAGGACGAUUUCUGGGCAUUGUUACAAAAGGGCAUUCCAGCUAGCGAGGACAACGAGAGAAUGAAGGGUGGCUUUAUAACCGUGAAGCUGCGUGAGCUGCGUGACAUAUACGACUCAGCUGCGCCCUUGCAAUUGCGCGACUAUCAGAUUCACGCUGUGAAUCAGAUCCUCCGCAUUCUACUAGAUAGAGGCAAGAGUGCCUUGCUCGCCUAUAGCAUAGGGCUUAGGAAGACCAUCAUCCUCCGAGGGCGCAUCGGCCUAAGUCCUUCUAUCAUAGUCUAUCAUGGAGGGCGAGAGCGCGACCAUAGCAUCUCCAAGAGCCAUAAGAAUCGAUCACAUUGGGCGCUGCAGCUCAUUCGAACAGCCCUCGUACAGACUGAUGCACUUUUUCAGAAGUAG